UGCUAUAUGGAUUGACAUUCUCUUACAUUUCCGAAAGUUUAAGUUAUUUUAUACAAAAUACUGCGACCAAAAAAUGAUGGACGAUAUCGAUAUGAAGGAAUCAUACCACUCUUGCAGCACUUCUUCAAAUGAAGGAGAACACAAUAAUUCUCAAGUUCGCAGAAGAAUCAGGAAUCCCUCGGAGGUGAGAAUUGGAGACAAAGUAAGUUUCUGGUACUUCUGUCUACCGCACGCGGGCAUUGUUUCACACAUUAGUUGCGUCAGCGACCAGACUCAAACAGCCGCAAUUAAGUGCAUUCAUUACGGCUGUACAAACCUUUUUGCAACAAGAACAAUAAUGGAAGAAGAGUUCCGUAUGGAUCUUUCAAAAUCAACUUGGUAUUUUUCAAGCGUGCCGUUCAACCCGUUACAGUCCUAUUCCGGCACGGAGCGACUCUUACGCGCUAAACAAAGAAUCGGUGAAAAAAGAUGGCAGUCUAAAAAUCGCUCCGAAGACUUCUGUAACUGGGCGGUGUUUAGAGAAAAUGAAACAGCCGAUUUCUCCCAAGAAGAAAGAGAUCAAACAUCGACCCCAAGGGCUUUAAGGUCGUUUUUCAAACCUGUUUACAUCGCAGACGAACUUGAAGAGGGCGAUGUCGUGGUCUACAAAGAAACUGGAAUUCUUGUUACGAAAAAACCUUUGCGUGAUGGAAACAAACAACUUUGUAUUGACGUUAUAGUCGCAAAGCACGGCAAAUGUCUACGAGAAAAGUUCGUGGUCAAUCUAAAUGAGGAACACAUAUCAAAGAAAUAUUUUGACCCUUCGGACUGUGUUUCGAGAAAAGAAAUGGUAACCCGAGCGAAACAAAUGGAAGGGAGGAACGUUUGUGCGCGGUCGACCAAUGAGUUAAUUGAGAAAUAUUUAACGAAUAAAGAUUAGAACUGUUGAGAGAAUUCCAUACACCUGAUAACAUUGUUGACGAAUCAUUAUAGUUAGUAAAUUUAGCUCCACCAAAAACAGUGUGUGUAUUCCACGUGAUAAAUUACGUCAUAAAUGCUAC